AUGAGCCCGCCCGUGCAGUAUGGAGGAGAUGAGGUUGGCGCGCUUGUCCUCGACAUCGGGUCGAGUACCGUCCGAGCAGGCUACGCCGGCGAAGACGCGCCAAAGUGCCUCUUCCCCACCGCCUUCGCGACUGUCCCUUCCUCCGACCCUUCACAACCGCCGACCUACGUGCACGGCAACAACGUCCAUCUCUACCGCCCGCACGCAACCGUAUUGAGCUUCGUCGCAGACCAGAUCGUCACCGACUGGGAUGCGGCGGGUCGCGCGCUCGAACAUGCGUUCCAGGACCGGAUGAGGGUCAAGACGCUCGAGGAGUUCCCCUUGAUGGCGACAGAGCCGAGCUGGAACACGAAGGAGAACAAGGAGAAGAUGUGCGAGCUGGCGUUCGAGACGUGGCAGACGCCGGCGUUCUACUCGGUCGACAAGGCGGUCAUGAGCGCAUUUGCGGCGGGCAAGGGUUCAGCUUUGAUCGUGAAUGUUGGAGAGGAGUUGACGACUGUGACGCCGGUCUACGACGGGUUUGUCCUGCGAAAAGCCAUCCAAAAGCAGCCCACGGGCGGCGCACUCCUCUCCGAAGUCCUCCUCUCCAGCCUCAAAUCCCAAUCACUUCCCGUUACGCCGCACUACCUCGUCAAGACAAAGGAGGCGGUCGAGCCCAACCAGCCGGCGAAUGCGCAACUGCGGGAGGACCGGCUACCCAAUCCGUCUGACCCGAACGCCGCGACAACGCCUUCGUACCAUCGCCUGGAGGAGAUGCGGUUGAUGCACGAGCUGAAGGAGUCGGUGUGCGAGGUGAUGACGCCCAGCUGGGAUGACAAUUCGGUCAACCAGAAAGCGAGUCGGGCGUUCGAGUUCCCUGACGGUUUCAACACCUACCUCGGCACUGUUCGCCUCAGCACGCCCGAGAUCAUCUUCAACCCGCAGCGCUUCCUUCCGGUAGAGUUCAAGAACCGACAACUCCCUCCGUCCGCCUCCACGAUCCCCUCCCACCCCUACUCUGCCCUCCAGCCUCUCGCCGGCCUCAUCCGCAACACGCUCAUCCAGGUCGACCCGGACCUCCAAGCGACGCUGCUCGCCAACGUUGUCGUUACGGGCGGCACGACCCUCAUUCCUGGCUUUGUCGACAGGUUGCAGGCAGAGUUGGGCAUCGUCGCGCCUGGCAUGAAGAUCAAGAUUCACGCCGCCGCCUCUGCCGCCGAGCGCACGCACUCGUCCUGGCUCGGCGGGUCGAUUCUCGCUUCGCUCGGGACGUUCCACCAGCUCUGGAUCGGCAAGGACGAGUACCAGGAAGUCGGCAAGUCGGUCGUGCAUCGUCGGGCGAAGUAA